CCAGUGGAGUACAGAUUUGGACUUGUUUCCAAACAUCAACGAGGCUUGGGUUGUAAUUUUUUUUCAAAAAAAUAGAAUCAAGAGUAGGUCCAGAUCAUGAGGCAUGGAUACCCGUUGUUGGACUUUGCCCUGAACUAGCUUCGGACCACUGUUACGGAUUUGAAGUUCUUUCCAAACGUAAACAAGGCUUGGGGUAAGCAUAACUUGCACGAUGAUAAAGUCGACCAUAGUAUGGCUACGGGCUACCAUAGUACCAUACCACUUCGUCACACAGAAACUGUGGUUUGCUUUUCGGCUGUCAAGUGUCAACCCACCCGGAGAAUAUCAAGGUGCCUUCCUUCCCUCACCGGGACUUUGCGUGUGCUUAUAGGCAGAGCCAUACUCUCUACGGACGGCCAGUUUGAGAAGAAAACAGGAAGACUAAGCAGAGUUUGCACAUUAACGAUGGCGACACCUUCCAUACUCUCUCAUCUUCUGCUCAUCCUUAUUUUCGCGGGCGGAUUGGCCUCCAAUUUGGUGGUGCAGAGCGGUGCUCAGGCGGCGAGAAUUCCUGAACAUAGUUGCCAUAAACUGGUUCCCUUGAGCAAUUGUGACAAUCAGAAAUGCUCUCAAGAGUGCUCUAAACAUCCCAAUGGCGUCGGACAAUGCAAGGCCACCGCCUGCUUUUGCACCUACUACUGCAAAGAUCCUCCUCUCUGAUUCUGCUCUUUUUAUUCCACGGGGUUUCACAAUCUUUUCUAUGCCUUACAAUACCUUCCUAUCUCGCUGCCUGCAAUCUAUGAAUAAUGAAGCCAUCAGAUGUACAACACAUUGACUCGUACCGCUACGAGAUUCAUUUCUUUUGAUUUGGUUUUGCUUGCUCUUUUUGUACAGCCGUGUGACCCAGAAAUGAACCACAUAUAUGAAAAGAGCCUCACUGAACGGCCGUUUAUUUUAUAUGCUAAUGAUGUAAGUCCAUUUAAAUAAUAAAGGCACGCCCCUUUCCCUUCCGUUCCGUCCCGUCGCAUCUUUGUUUUAAAAGAUCAUCGACAGAUGGAGAAAUAGCAU